AUGGCUUCCACAGGAAAAACUCUUGACAUUGCCAUCGUCGGUGGCUCCCUCGGCGGCUUAUUCGCCGCAACGCCAUUGCUGAGAAUGCCACAGAAGCACAGGGUCACCAUUUUGGAGCGCAGUGGUACUCCAUUAUUGCAUGACCAGGGAGCUGGCGUUGUAGCUGGCGGCAGUGUUCAGAAGUGGGUCGAGAAGUUUGACGUGUUCGGGAAAGAGGCAAGAGUCACAUCAAAGACGAGGACAUAUCUCAAUCGUGAAGGUCAGAUUGUCGACAGAGAAGAUCUGACCCAAUGGAUGACUAGCUGGGACUUGCUAUACCAGCUGGGUCGAGCAAACUUCGAUGGACAACAAUCGGGGCACGUGGCUAACCAGUGGGAUCAAGUAAGUGAUGGACCUGACGGAGAACGCGUAAAGGAGGCCUGGGGACGAGCAAAAUAUGAAUACGGGAGAGCGGUCGAAGGCCUCGAGCUCGCUGGCGACAAGGUACAAAUAAGUUGGAGAGACACUAGAGAGGGGUCGCCACAAAAAGGCGAACCGGGCACUCUUGUCGUGGAUUUUGUGGUUUGUGCCGACGGACCUUCUAGCGGAAUGCGGAAGAUGUUGCUCAAUGACAAGGCUUCACAGAGAAUAUAUGCUGGUUAUGUUGCCUUUCGGGGAACGGUUCCAGAGACUGAGCUUGAUGAUCCUGCCAGAGACGCCUUUGUUGAGAAAUUCACCUUCUUCCACACACAGGGAAUCCAGAUUCUGGGAUACACAAUUCCGGGAGCCAACGGGGACCUGGAGCUUGGGAAAAGAUUAGUGAAUUGGGUUUGGUACUGGAAUUUCCCAGAAGAUUCCGAAGAGUAUAAAGAGGUCUUGACCGAUUCAAAUGGCAACAGACAUCGAUAUACCCUUCCCACCGGCGGGCACAUAGGGGAAGAGGUAUGGAAUCGGCAAAAAGGAAGAGCAAAGGAAGUCUUGCCACCCCAGUUUGCCCAGCUUGUGCAAAAGACACAGAAGCCCUUUGUGCAGGCUAUCACUGACGUAACAGCACCAGCACAGGGAGCUCCAGUGGGGAGACUGUUGGGAGGAAAAGCUGCCCUGCUAGGUGAUGCUCUAGCAGGAUUUUGUCCACAUACAGCAGCGAGUACCAGCCAAGCAGCAUUCGAUGCCCUGAUGUUGGAGAGAGCCUUCGCUGGGGAGAUAACAUGGGGUCAAUAUGAGGAGAAUGUGUUGCAAUAUGCCAACACUUGGCAGCGCAAAGGUGUCAUGUUAGGAACGUGUAGUCAGUUUGAGAAUAUCUCGACCCAUGCUUCACCCUUGACCAUGAUGGCCAGGGACCAGCAAUUCGCAAGUCGGGACUGA